GAGCUCGCAACACAUCGUUAAUAUUCGUAUAUAAAGGCUCAACCCGCAAAAUUUUUAAUUGGUAACAAUACCCGGGACAACUUUGGAAGCAAUCGAAAUGUCUGCUGCUAAGCCUUACACCGAAGCUUUAGAUCUUCUUAAGAAGUAUGAAAAGAAAGAUGGUUUAAGUAUUGACGAUUUAAUUCGUCACAACUUCCAAGGUGGUCUUACUUUCAACGACUUCUUGAUUUUGCCUGGUUUUAUUGAUUUCGUCCCCAACAGUGUUUCUUUGGAAACAAAGAUUUCUCGCAAUAUCACUUUAAAGACUCCGUUCGUCAGUUCCCCUAUGGACACUGUCACUGAAGACCAAAUGGCUAUUUACAUGGCACUUUUGGGUGGUAUUGGUGUUAUCCACCAUAACUGCCCUGCUGAAGAGCAGGCUGAUAUGGUUCGCAAGGUGAAGAAAUACGAAAACGGUUUUAUUACUGAUCCCGUUGUCUUCUCCCCCGAGCACACUGUUGGUGAUGUUUUGAAGAUCAAGGAAACCAAAGGCUUUAGCGGUAUUCCCGUUACUGAUACUGGUAAGCUUCGUGGCAAAUUGAUUGGUAUCGUUACUUCUCGUGAUGUCCAAUUCCACAACGACGUUAAAUCCAAGGUAACUGAGGUCAUGACUAAGGAAAACUUGAUUACUACCCGUGAAGGCAUUAGCUUGGAGCGUGCCAACGAGAUCUUGCGUCGAUCCAAGAAAGGCAAGCUUCCUGUAGUUGAUGGUGACUUAAGAUUGGUUGCUUUGCUUUCUUUGACUGACUUGAUGAAGAACUUGCAUUUCCCCAAUGCUAGCAAGUCCCCUGAAACUAAGCAACUCAUGGUUGCUGCCGCUAUUGGUACUCGUGACGAUGACCGCUACCGUUUGAAACUUUUGGCCGAAGCUGGUGUUGAUCUUGUUGUAAUCGACUCUUCUCAAGGUAACUCUUGCUUCCAAAUUGAAAUGAUCAAGUUCAUCAAGUCCAACUUCCCUAAGCUGGAUGUUAUUGCUGGUAACGUUGUUACACGUGAACAAGCAGCUAACUUGAUUUCUGCUGGUGCUGAUGGCUUACGUAUUGGUAUGGGUAGUGGCGCUGCCUGUAUUACUCAAGAAGUUAUGGCAUGUGGUCGUCCUCAGGCUACUGCUAUUGCACAAGUUUCCGAGUUUGCCUCCCAAUUCGGCGUCAGUGUAAUUGCUGAUGGUGGUAUUCAAAACAUUGGUCACAUGGUUAAGAGUCUUACCCUUGGCGCCACCGGUGUCAUGAUGGGUAGUUUACUUGCUGGUACUACUGAGUCUCCUGGUGAGUAUUAUGUCCGUGAUGGACAACGUUAUAAAUCCUACCGUGGUAUGGGUUCUAUUGCUGCUAUGGAGGGUACCGGUGCAAAUAAGAAUGCUUCCACUGGUCGUUACUUCUCUGAAAAUGAUGUUGUGCGUGUUGCUCAAGGUGUGUCUGGCCUUGUUGUUGAUAAGGGUUCUCUUCUCCGUUUCUUGCCUUACCUUUAUACUGGUUUGCAACACGCUUGUCAAGACAUUGGUGUUUGCUCCCUUGAGAAACUUCAUGAGUCUGUUAAUGCUCAUGAUGUCCGUUUCGAAUUACGUUCUAGCGCAGCCAUUCGUGAGGGUGAUAUUCAAGGUUUUGCUACUUAUGAAAAGCGUUUGUAUUAAAUGGGUAUAUAAUUUUUUUCUUUCGGUUUGUUUUAGUGAUCUUUUGUGUUCGUUAAAUUGAAUGCGUGUGUUUUGGGAAUAUUUGUGAAUAAUAGAAAUGUAUUUAAUAUG